CAGUCGCCGCCGUUCGUCGCCGCCGCCAGUCGUCCAGGAGGGCUAUGGCGCCGCCGCUCGUCUAGGUGCCCCGGCGACCGGCGUCGCCACUCGCCCAGGAAGUGUUGCUGCUCGUUCAGGAGGGUUGCCGCCCGCCCAUACGGCCUCCCGCUUCCCGCCUCCGCACGUUUUUUGGCCUGGGGCGUGAUCGCGCGCCGAUGGAGUCCGACGGCGAGCAGGAGGCGGCGGCCACGCCGACGCUGGGAGCGUCAGCGGGGGCACCGGUGGCAGGACAGCUGAAGGGCUGCCCGGAGCUCUCGCUGGAGGGUGACAUGCGAGAGAUGGCCAAGACGGCCGUCUGGAGCGUCAGCUCCAGCAAGCCCGGCAAUGGCGUCGCCUCCCUACGCGAUGACAGCCUCGACACGUACUGGCAGUCGGACGGUGCGCAACCGCACCUGGUCAACAUCCAGUUCCAGAAGAAGGUGCAGCUACAGCAUGUUGUGCUGUAUGUGGAUUUCAAGCUGGACGAGAGCUACACGCCGAACAAGAUCUCCAUCCGGGCUGGCGACGGCUUCCACAAUCUCAAGAGAAACAUUCGUUCGUACAUUUAUGCUCCAAAUUGCGGUGUUGGCCAAUCACCUGAACGGGAGGGACACUCAUGUCCGACAGAUCAAGAUAUAUGGGCCAAGACUGAACCCCGUUCCCCACCAGCCUUUCAUCUUCAUUUCCAGGGAAUGCAUAAUGUAUUCCACCAUCAGGUGAGACUGAGAUUCCGUGAACCCUCGCCGCCUCACGUCACAUGGGAGGGAUCAUCCACGGUCAAGGUGCAGACCUUGAUUGUGGCCUGCGCGCUUUUGUAAGAACGCCGACAUGGACUAAGUAGCCGAUGAAGUGUUCAGCCUAUGUUAUUGUGGAUCGAGUUGCCGCUGAAGCAUCAUCAAGGUGUCUCUCUAAAUAUCUACCAUGUAGCUUUUUUUUUUGAGACAAAUCUACCAUGUAGCUUUUUUUUUGAGACAAAUCUACCAUGUAGCUGAUCUUGUAUUCCAUUCCAUCAGUGGAGAAGAAGUUUUUUUUC